CUUUCCCACAAUGAGCACCAAGUUGGUACUCUGCCUGUGCCUGGCGCUCUGCGGAGCCCUGGCCAUGGCCCGUCCCCAGGAGGAGAUCCUCGAUCAGGAAUCGCAGCUGGAAAACAGCCAGGAGCUGAACAGCGUUGAGGAGAACGACGCGGAGGCGAAUCCCUCGACCUGGCGCAAGCUCUUCGGCAGCGAAGGCAGCAGCGGGAAUCUGGUGGUGACCUUCCCCCAAUCCUCGAGUAGCUCUUCCAACAGCAACUCCAACAGCAACAGCAAUAAGAAGAAGAAGAAGAAGCCCAAUCCCUAUCCGUACCCCUACCCGUACCCGCCCUACCAGUAUCACCAUCACUACCCACAAUACCCGCCAUACCCAUACCCCGGCUAUUAUCCUCCUCCACCGUAUCCAUACCCCGGUGGUCAUGGCGGACAUCAUGGAGGACACGACGGUGGACACGGCGGACAUGACGGUGGACAUGGCGGACACGACGGUGGACAUGGAGGACACGACGGUGGACAUGGAGGACACGAUGGUGGACAUAGCGGACACGAUGGUGGACAUGGCGGACACGAUGGUGGACAUGGCGGACACGAUGGUGGCCACGGCGGAAAUCCUAAGCCGCCGUCUCCUCCCGUGAAGCCCCCUCCGAAACCUCAAUACCCACCCUAUCCUCCACACUACUAUCCACCCUUCCCGUACUUCCCACCCCCACCACCUCCACCACCACCACCACCACCAUCGAACGACAACGACAACGACUCGGGCGAAUCCACCGAAACCAAGGUCCAAAAGUGCGAAAAGGUGAUCGGCCUUGGAUUUUUGUGCAAGACAUAAACCAUUAAUUCCACAUUCACUACUAGCUCAAUAUUUAUUUAUUUAAAUUUUAUUUACCGAAUA